AUGGUCGUUGUGGACCCCAAGUUCAAGAACGUGGGAAGGAAGCGCGGAUUGGAGAUUUGGAGAAUCAAAGUGAGUAUUUCCGACCUCAAAUCCAUCCAUCGUACUACUAACCAUAUUACAAAUUAAAUUCCAGGAUUUUGACCUCGAGGUCGUGCCAAAAGAACAGUUUGGAAAUUUCUAUUCUGGUGACUCAUACAUCAUUUUGAAUGUAAGUACUGUCCCCUUAACACUCAUAACUGGGAGAAUAGACUAAGAAUAAUGACAACUGGGACGUCCACUUCUGGCUGGGCAAAGAUACCACACAAGACGAAGCCGGAACCGCUGCUAUCAAGACUGUAGAGCUGGACGAUUCCUUGGGUGGACUACCUGUUCAAUAUCGAGAGGUUCAGGACCACGAGAGUGCUCUUUUCUUGUCCUAUUUCAAGGAUGGGAUCAAGUAAGACAGAUAAAUCAAAAGCUCAUAUUAGAUUUCUAUUGCAUCGUGAAUUUUAUGGCUUAAACCCAUUCCAGAUACAUGCAAGGAGGAAAUUCCAGUGGAUUCAACCACGUAGUUGAUCCCUAUCAAAACUAUAAACCCAAGUUAUUCCAAUGCAAAGGCAAGAGAAAUGUCCGUUGCACUCAAGUCGAUUGCAAAUUGGAAUCUUUGAAUCUCGGCGACGUCUUUCUUCUCGAUCUUGGACUAGACAUCUACGUUUGGAUGCCUCCAGAAGCUGGUCGUUUGGAACGAGUGAAAGGAGUAAACCAAGCCAAAAGUAUUCGAGACCAGGAGAGAGCCGGAAGGCCGAAGAUUCAUGUGCUGGAUCAAGAUUGGAAAGACAGUCCGACGUUCUGGAAGCACUUUGGAGGUGCUCAGAACGCCUCAAGAGUGAAGAGUGCCCAAGCCGGAGGGGCCGAUGAGAACUAUUGGAGAGAAAAAGGGACUGCAGUUACUCUCUGGAAGGUCUCUGAUGCCAGUGGGACUUUGAAAGUGACCAAACUGGCUCAAGGAAGUCUUAACAUCAAAGAUCUGAACACUAAUGUAAGUUCAAUAAAGUCAUGAGCCCAAAAAAACAUUGAUAGACUUUCAAAAUCUCAAUUUUAGGACGCGUUUAUUCUCGAUGCCGACCAUGGAGGUGUCUUCGUCUGGAUUGGAAAGGAAUGCAACAAAACCGAGCGAUCCAAAGCCCAACAAUGGGGUCAAGAGUACCUCAAACAGAAGGCAAGUGUUCAUUCCACAAAAAAACGCUAAUUAUCUAAUUCUUUCCAGAAUAGAAACAAAUACACCCAAGUAAUCCGUGUUUUGGAAGGAGCCGAGCCGCAGAUCUUCACCCAAUGGUUUGCCGAUUGGUCUGGGAACAAAAAAUCGUCCGACUACAAGCCUAAACUCUAUAAUGUCUCCAACGAAACCGGAAAACUGGUUGUCGAAGAGGUCGCCAACUUCACUCAAGAGGACUUGGACACCGAUGACGUCAUGAUUUUGGAUGCCUUGAAUACAAUCUAUGUCUGGAUCGGGGAUGGAGCGAACAAAGCGGAGAGAGAGGCAGCUAGCCAGACGGCAAAGAAAUACCUGGAGACGGACAAAGUCCCUCGACACAAGACGGCACAGAUCGACAUUCUGAAUCAAGGGAAGGAAAAUCCCGGCUUCAAGAAGCUGUUCCCCAAAUGGGACGACAAAAUGUGGGCCAAGGUGAGCGUUUCGGAACCUUUACAACCUUUUUUGGAUGAGUGUUAGUCUUGACCUCUAUUCCAAUCCUAUUAUCGACAAAAACCGUAAACCCGUACUUUCAGAAAGACAAGGACUACAAAAACCUUCGCGAGCUCAUCUUCGAAGGCUCUGGCCCUCAAAAGAUCAUGUCUUUUGCUCAUUAA